ACCAUUUUUGAGCAAAAUCACAAUGGAUUCUCAAUCCAAUCCUUUGCACAUUAUCUUUUUCCCUUUCAUGGAUCAUGGCCAUAUGAUACCCACCAUUGAUAUGGCCAAACUAUUUGUUUCAAAAGGUGUUAAGGCUACCAUAGUCACCACACCCCUCAACAAACCUAUGGUCUCUAAUGCCAUUGAACAAUCCAAAAUCCAAUAUUCUAACAACAAUAUAGAUAUUCAAACUAUCAAGUUCCCUUGUGUAGAGGGUGGUUUACCAGAAGGUUGUGAAAAUGUUGCUGCAAUCCCUUCACCUUCCUUGGUUCCUACAUUUUUUAAUGCUACUAAAUUGCUACAAAAGCCUUUUGAAGAGCUUUUGCUUCAACAAAAACCAGAUUGUAUUAUUGCUGAUAUGUUCUUUCCUUGGGCAACUGAUUCUGCUGAAAAAUUUGGAAUUCCUAGGAUUGUGUUCCAUGGUACUAGUUUCUUUUCAUUGUGUGCUGGUCAAUGCAUGAAACAAUAUGAGCCUCACAAAAAUGUGUCUUCCGACACAGAACUGUUCGAGAUUCCGAAUCUUCCUGGAAAUAUCAAGUUGACAAGGUUGCAGCUUCCUCGUAUAUUCACCGAAGAUGAUCACAUAACCAAAAACAUCACGAAACUAUUCGCGGAAAUUAGAGAAUCUGAGGUGAAGAGUUAUGGAGUUAUUGUUAAUAGCUUCUAUGAGCUUGAGAGUGUUUAUGUUGAUUAUUAUAGAGAGGUACUUAGAACAAAAGAAUGGCAUAUAGGUCCAAUCUCAAUUCACAAUAGAAUUAAGGAGGAAGAAGUAACAUCGUAUCGCGGAAACGAAACAUCUAUUGACAAACAUUAUUGUCUAAAGUGGCUUGACACAAAAAAGAACAACUCAGUUGUUUACUUGUGCUUUGGAAGGACAACAUCAUUUCGUAACUCUCAGCUUAGGGAAAUUGCUAUGGGACUUGAAGCUGCAGAGCAUAAUUUUAUUUGGGUUGUUAAGAAAAAAAAUGGAGAUGGAGAAAAAUGUAUACUUGAAAGAUUUGAGAGAAGAAUGAAAGGAAAAGGAUUAAUUAUAAGAGGUUGGUCUCCACAAAGAUUGAUUCUUGAACAUAAAGCAAUUGGUGCAUUUGUGACUCAUUGUGGAUGGAAUUCAACUAUAGAGGCAGUGACUGUUGGAGUACCUAUGAUUACUUGGCCUGUUGGUGCGGAGAAAUUUUACAAUGAGAAGUUGGUAACUGAUGUGCUUAAAAUUGGUGUAGCUGUUGGUGUUAAAAAAUGGGUCGGAGUGGUUGGUGAUAGUGUUAAAUGGAAUGCAGUGGAAAAGGCUGUGAAGAGGAUUAUGGAAGGAGAAGAAGCAGAGGAAAUGAGGAAGAAAGUAAAAUUGCUUGCACAAAUGGCAAAGAAGGCUGUGGAAGAAGGUGGGUCAUCUUCUUCACAGUUGAAUGCUUUUAUUGAGGAGUUGGGUUUAGUAUGCAAUCAACAAUGUAUCUCAAAAGAAUAA